UUUUUUUUUUUUUUUUUUUUUAAUGUUUGUAAGCAGUUAAUUUUCAAAACUAUUCUGGUUUGGUCUAGUGACAAAACCUGUAACUUGAUUUAUGUGGGCCUUUGAUGUUGUGAUUGUGGUCUUGUAUAAAUGCACUUUCUCUUAGAUUGUCAAGUUAAAGUGUAUCAGGAUGUAAUGUUGUUAAGCUUAAAUUCAGCAUAUUUUUGUUUUGGGCCAUAUGGUCAGAUGCCAUAGGGUAAUAGGCAAUGCUCUUUGGAGUAGCAUGAGGUUCUAGGGUCAGGCUAACUCCACAGAGCUGUGCUUAAAGGGAGACAGGUGCUUGCACUGGGACCUCCUUAGAAACAACUCUGGUGGUCUUGUAAGGUCAAAUCCACUGGAGAUACUACCUGUUUAGAGAUUUUAAAGUGGCUGCUAUGGGCACACACAUACUCUUGACUUCUAAACUUAGCUCUGUGAAGUCUGCUGGUCCUGCACUGCUUUAGCACAUAGGAUCAGUUGGCUCUGAGUGGAUUGCAGAAGGCCUUAUCCCUGCUAUAGGUACCUAAUCAGGACCUAUGGGAAGUCAUUCCCUGACCCAGAGUUUUAGGUGACAUUACUUCCUUCAGUGAGACAGCAAGGGUUUGGGCUGUGGGUGUCAGACUAGGAAAAGUUCUUCCUGUUAAAUUCAUUGGGUCUCUUGAAACUUAGCAGGGGCCCUAGUGAGACUUAGGGGAAAUGCUGAAAGCUGCUAUUUCUACAAAGCUAAUGAUCAAGGACAGUUGGGGGGAUUGGUUGCAAAGUUCUGUUACAGAGAGGAUAAGAGCUAUAUUUGGCUUGGUUUUUUGUUUGUUUGUCUAUUUUUAAAAGGCGAUGCUUUCUGGCUUACAAUGCUGACCUGCUUUUACUUGGUUUGGGGUGGCCUGGGAACCAGGAUCAACACUAGUUUGCCUCAAGAGUAUGUGAUACUUGAGCUAGAAGAGAGUUAUCAUCUAAAGGAGGAUCAUGUAUUUUAUAUACACAAAGUCUUCCUAUGGUCUUAAAAUAGUUAAAAAGAAGUAGGUCUCAGGAUUUUGGAAAGAUCCCAAGUACAGAUUUCUCUAUAACUAGCAUCAGAGUGAUAUUUGACACUUCCCAAUUAGGCUUCUCUUUUGUAUAUAGUAAAACUUUGCCAUGGUUGAUUCAGCUCAGGAUUCUGUUUUUGCAGGUAGACCCAAAGAAUGAUUUAGAUUUACUCUCAAUAAUUUUUACACCUUUUAAUUUUAUCCUUUAGAAAGUAAUUGUAUUCUGCAUCCUGGGGUAAUAAAUAAAGUGGUAUACAUGUUAAGCCAGCUUACUCUUUUUAAUAUUUUAGAGCCCAAAUGCAUUAACCUUGACAGGUGUUGAAUUAUAAUAGUACUCAAGGUUCUGAACUCCCUAUCAACCUUUUUCGUUUCUUGUUGAAAGUCCUAUGACUUAGACUUGGGAAAACCUCUCCUCCUUUAACAUAUACAUAAUAUAUUCGGGAAGAGAGACCUGGGAACGGGCAAUGGUCCUUAAUUCCUUUCAGAAUGAAAAAUAGGAAAUCUGGUGAGGUAGACGUUUUAGUACUUGAAGUAAACAGAUAUUAGUAUCAGUCUUGGAGAGAGUAUGUCUCAUCAACACUGUUUUUUAAUCAGCCUAAGAUCUACACUCUUUGUCUCUCAAGUUUGAGAAAUAUAAAUGGACACGUUAGAAUAGUAAUUUUUAGGAUAGAAUGAAAAUCUACACUCCAACUUAACCUAGGUCCCUUUCCAGAGCUUUUAUAUCAAACACUGCUCUGAUUUGCUUGGCUUCCGUCAGAAUGGUGGUUUUAGGAAAGGAGCUAAAUUUGGACAGAAUAACUUUGUAAAGCCAAGAGUUGUCAUAGUACUAUUGCUGACAAGGAGGGAAGAGGGCAAGGCAGCUUCUCCAGUCAGGGUACCAGCAGUUCCUGGGUCAGGUUUAUAAAUGUUACCUUGAAGUUUCUCAGGUUGAAAACCAGUCCCAAAUUCACUUCUUUGCAGUAGGCUAUAUGUCUAGUAUUAUGGUUAGGGCUUUUCAGUCCAGGAAUCUUUAGACAUGGUCUGUUAUUUCUUGACCGCAUGCUUUUAUAGUCUUUGCAUGGGUGUAAUAUGCUUUUGGUGUAGCGAUGUCUUGACGAUUGAUUGAUUGAUUCUAUCUUGAUAUCCUCCAAUGGAUAGCAUACCAAUCUUUCCUGUAUAGUAUAAGGGAGACAGCUAUGUGAAAUAAUAGUGUUAGAUAUAUCUGAGAAAAACAGCAAAAUAAAUUUGAAGUUAAUUCUUUUGUAAGGUAAGGUAUAUUAUGCUUGCUUACACAAGAACUAUUGGCAUUUUCUUUUUUUCUUUGAAACAAAAACAUGAAAAGCGGUUUUGGUUUUAUUUUAAGAAAUUUUUGUUUUAGCAUACAACAGAAGUGACAUUGGUUUUUCUUUUUUGUUUUCUAAAACUUAAAACUCAGGAAAACUUUUUUGAUAGGAUUACUUGGUAGUUCAGCUAUAACAGAUCUUAUUUUAAUAAUUUUAUAUGUUCACAUGUGUUUUCAAAUGUAUGCUGUAGGAAAUCACAAGUGCUUUAAUGCUGUCAAGUAUCUGUAGCUGAAUUAACCAACCUAAGUUAAGUGAGAUCUGGAUGAUUUUCUAGAAUAAUGUUGAGAGAUUGUGAAAUAUUCCAGACUUACCAACUGAAUGUUCACUCGUUAUCAAAGUAUGCAAAACUUCCCAAGCCCCUUAACAUUUAGCACAUUUGAGGACGUACGUGAUGCCGAAGACGCUUUACAUAAUUUGGACAGAAAAUGGAUUUGUGGACGCCAAAUUGAAAUACAGUUUGCACAGGGGGAUCGGAAGACUCCAAAUCAAAUGAAAGCCAAGGAAGGGAGGAAUGUGUACAGUUCUUCACGCUAUGAUGAUUAUGACAGAUACAGACGUUCUAGAAGCCGAAGUUAUGAAAGAAGAAGAUCAAGAAGCCGGUCCUUUGAUUACAACUAUAGAAGAUCUUAUAGUCCUAGAAACAGUAGACCGGCUGGAAGACCACGGCGUAGCAGAAGCCAUUCCGACAAUGAUAGAUUCAAACACCGAAAUCGAUCUUUUUCAAGAUCUAAAUCCAAUUCAAGAUCACGGUCCAAGUCCCAGCCCAAGAAAGAAAUGAAGGCUAAAUCACGUUCUAGGUCUGCAUCUCACACCAAAACUAGAGGCACCUCUAAAACAGAUUCCAAAACACAUUAUAAGUCUGGCUCAAGAUAUGAAAAGGAAUCAAGGAAAAAAGAACCACCUAGAUCCAAAUCUCAGUCAAGAUCACAAUCUAGGUCUAGGUCAAAAUCUAGAUCAAGGUCUUGGACUAGUCCUAAGUCCAGUGGCCACUGAUAGUAUAAACCUUGAUAUUUUUAGGCAUGUAUCAUUCAUUUACUCAUAGUUUGGUUUACUUAAAUUAUCAGGAAUACAAUGUUGCAAUGAUGCUUAAAAAAACACUUGUCAGUUUUCCCUGUACCAGGCAAAUGGUUAUAAUUAAAAUGAUAUGCUGUUGAGAAGCCACUCUUAAGAGUCCAGUUUGUUUAAUGUUAUGGGCAGCUACCAAUUUGUGGUGUCUCUGUAUAUUUUUGUAAAGAUUCUCAUUUUUUAUGCUUGAAGUAUUGGUGAAAAGAUGUUGGUUGACCAUAAUUUGCAACAUUGUCUUAUUAAAAAUAAACUUUCAUAUCCAUAUUUGGUAGAACUGUUAACCUAGAAAUGUAGCUUGCUAAUAAGAUAGAAUGAUACAAAAGUGAGUUGUAGCCACAGUACAACACUGACUGAUCAGACACAUUUAGGUUCAGGGUGGACCUUUUUGUCUUGUUGAGCUGUUUAGGCCCGUGAUAAUAAUAGUUAAUUUAUGACAGCGUGGAAUAGUUCUUUUGUUAACCCCACUGUCUUGGGGAAUGAUGCCAACUGGGUUAAGUAGGAUUUGGGGGACGAUUGAGUGUUUUGACCGAAACAUGGAGCCUUCACUGCUUUUUUCUGUUUUCUAUGAAGAGUUGGAACAUAUAAACACGGGAAGAACUCAAACCUUAAAAUUUGAGCAGGACAAUGAUGGCAGAAAUAAUUUCAAGGGAAAAAAAAAUGCUCUCAUGUAGUUACUCUAAACUUUAAGGAGCAUUGUUGGUCGUAUUGCUUAGUUUUCUUACUGCUGUUAAAAAAAAGCAGCAAGUAAAUUGUUUCAAAGUAGGUUUUGUUUAUGCAUAUGCAUAGUGUAAAACUGAAUUUUGAUGCUUCUAGCACUCGGUCUGUGCGUUUGUAUCAAAAUUUGCCUGCUACUUUAUGAAGGAGGCUUGUUCUUCACACUUCAGUUUAUUUCACGUGAGGCAAGUUGAAGGAGAACACUCCCACUCUAGGUGAUUCUGUGGUGCCAUGAAAUUUAAAAUAUUUUGGAAAAAGAAUUUUCAGUAGGAAUCUCAUCUCUUUGAGUUUGAUUAUCAAUGUAGUACCUGGCAGUACCUGACUAAAACAAAACAAAACAACAAAAAAACCCAAUACCCUAACCAUUUAUAAUUUUUAGCAUUUCUCUGAGAGAUCUUUUGGGGACAAUAAAAGGGACAUGUCCAGUCUCAUUUCAGAAUAAAAGCUAGCAUCUUUAAAAUUUUAGAUUGCUUGCUUGCAGGUAUAAGUAAAUAUUGUGGGGAAACGAUUCCUUUUAGAGGAUUACUUUUUUUGAUUUUGGUUUUAGUAAUAUAGGCCUUGCCUGUAAAGAACAAAAGAUGGUUUUUAAAUACUGUUUGUGGAAUGUGUUUAAAGGAUUGAUUCUAGAACCUUUGUAUAUUUGAUAGUAUUUCUAACUUUCAUUUCUUUACUGUUUGCAGUUAAUGUUCAUGUUCUGCUAUGCAAUCAUUUAUAUGCACGUUUCUUUAAUUUUUUAGAUUUUCCUGGAUGUAUAGUUUAAACAACAAAAAGUCUAUUUAAAACUGUAGCAGUAGUUUGCAGUUCUAGCAAAGAGGAAAGUUGUGGGGUUAAACUUUGUAUUUUCUUUCUUAUAGAAGCUUCUAAAAAGGUAUUUUUAUAUGUUCUUUUUAACAAAUAUUGUGUACAACCUUUAAAACAUCAAUGUUUGGAUCAAAACAAGACCCAGCUUAUUUUCUGCUUGCUGUAAAUUAAGCAAACAUGCUAUAAUAAAAACAAAAUGAAGGAAAUAA